AUGCUGACCGAGAGAGAGAGUCUUGUUUUUGGAAAAGACUUCUUUGCAUUCUUUGCACUCUCAAGAGGGGACUCGGCGUCAAAGGGACCAAGCCGCCUGUUUGUGACCAUCAGUGUAGCUUACAGUAGGUGGCGUUCACACUAUUUGAAUAUCGAUACUGCAGUUGCGUCGGAUACGAGACCUCCGACAAGUGGGCGCUGUCCGUUACCCCAGCCUAAGCUAUUAGAAUGCGGAAAGGUGACUGGUGAUGCCCAGCUUCUAAGGCAGUCCGCCCUCAGGGCCCUCCACAACUCGCAUAUUUGCGAUUCAGAAUCGGGAUUUGCACCCAAUCACUUUGUCUGA